GCCCGCCCCACGAUUGGAAAUCCCGCCCCAGCUGUGGCCGCGCAUUUUCCCGGCAUGUUAUUCCUGCACACCCCCUUGUUCCAGGCCCGGCCUCCUGCGCUCCUUCGUCUUCUCGCGUUCCCCUAGACCGUCGCUGGAGCCAGUCUUUCCUCACACAAGAGACACAAGAGCCCGUUCGUUUUCCAUUCCUCAAUUGACUCCCAUUCCACCUCUCUCACUCUCUCCAGCAGGCCCCCAUCGUGGAUGCAUUUCAACCAGAUGCCAGCUCGCAACUGCCCAUCGCUUGCCUGCAUUCCCGUUGUGGGAUAGGGCAACACGCACCUCCUCGUCCGAUACACGAGCGAUCCAACUGUACACCACCCCAAAACCCCGCCACCUAGGCGAAGAUGGACCCUCGCGAUCCCGUCGCCGUCGCUGGCGGUCCGGCCGAGCAGCCCACGAGGCGCAAGCGUACGCACCGAGCCGGCAAGAAGAAGAAGAAGGCACGCAGAAAGUCGUUUGCCGCUCCUCUAGACGACAUAGGCCACGACGACCUGUCCGGCGCCACCGGCGCCGAUGCCUUCUACUCGCACCGCGGCAGCCAGCUCAGCAACACGAGCCUCGACAGCGUCGCCCUGCUGGAUCACCGCGAGCAGUCGUCCCUGCGGCCCCGCCGGCCGUCCAUCGCCGUGGCCACCGGGUCAUCGUUCACAAUCCACUCCUCGCAGCAGCAGACGCCCCAGCAGACACAGCCGUCGGGAUCGAGCAGACUCAGGACCGUCUACCAGCUGGAGGAGAGCGGAGCCGAGGAUGGUGACGAGUCCAACAACGAGGGCGCGCCCCUGUUAGGCGGGUCCUCGCGCCUCGCCCAGUCGGAGGGCAACCUGGGCGUCCCCGGCUACGGAUCCAACGACCACAGUCGAGGUCGGAGCGUGCCGCGGACGAGGACGUCGUCUGGCAUGUCUUUCGACCACAAGAAGAAGCCGCAUCAGUCUGUCUUCACCCCUACCGGAGACAGCUAUAAUGUCAACUAUCCUCCGUCGGUCCCCGGCAGCCCCAUCCUCCGGCCGUCGGAUCCCAGCGGUCUCAACUUUGGCGACGAUCUUCUGCGAGAUGAGAUUAGCCGUAGCGAGGCCAUGCUAGCGCGCGGGGACCACGCCGGCAUCGACCCCGAGCGUGCCGCCUCGCUGCUCGCCUCGCCGCUCGAGAGGCGCCACACAGUCUGCCUGCCGGCCGAGGAGGACGUCUGCUUCCCGCAGGACGGCAUGUCCGAGAUGGGCGACGACAUUGCCCACGCUGACGAUUGCGCUCCUGACGACAGGGCCAACGGCGCCGCCGGCUCAGCCAGGGUCCGGCGGCGCAAAGCCCGCUGGCCCGACCUGUCGGUACUGGAGGAGUGGAGCCAGCUGGAGAAGGAAGGGCGGAAUCACGAGCGGCGCGUCAAGCGCAUCACGGAGCCGCAGCUCAUUAACGGGCGCCUCCGGCCCGUCGACAAGAAGUGGUUCCGUGCCGACGAGGACGCUCCCUACCGCUUCACCUACUUCAACGAGGACUUCCAGAGCACUAUCCACAGCCAAUCCAUCUCGGAGCUCGUCCAGCCGGGUGGCAGCUUCAGGGAGCUGUUCAUCCCAGAUCCCGUCAUCAUCGAGGACUCGUCCUCGGACGAGGAAGACGAUGACGAGGCGGAUCCGGCGGCCCUACCAAGGUACCCUCCCGGCUCGUCCAUGCCGUUGGGAGCUGGCUGGGGCAACGAUUCCCGUGUGCCGAGCCGACAGGCGUCGGCGGCGACCCAGAUCGUGUCCAGUGGAGACGCCAAGGCGCCAACACCGACGCAGCAGCAGCAGCAGCGCACCCUUUCGCCAACGACAGUUAAGGACUUCGUUUCGGCGGCGGGUUCGAGUGGCGUUUCGGGGCGGAAUACCCCGGUCCCAGCGCAGACCAAGUCGCCAACGCCGCCCGAGGGCAAGCCCCUCCGGUACGGCGAGCGCCCGGUAUGGUGGCUGGACGUGCUGAGCCCGACCGAGGCGGAGAUGCGGGUGAUCUCAAAGACGUUUGGCAUCCACCCCCUGACGGCCGAAGACAUCGUCAUGCAGGAGGCGCGCGAGAAGGUGGAGCUGUUUCGGCACUACUACUUUGUCAACUACCGCUCGUUUGACCAGGACGAAGGCAGCGAGAACUUCCUCGAGCCGGUCAACAUGUACGUCGUAGUGUUCAGGGAGGGCAUCAUCACGUUCCACUUCUCGCUGACGCCGCACUCCGCCAACGUGCGGCGGCGCGUGCGGCAGCUACGCGACUACAUGAUGCUCUCGGCCGACUGGAUCUCGUACGCCAUCAUCGACGACAUCACGGACGUGUUUGUGCCGCUGAUCCAGAAGAUCGAGGACGAUGUCGACGAGAUCGACGACGAGGUGCUCGGCGUCCACGGCGCGUCCGAGGAGAAGGGCACCAAGUCGUCCUCGCGCGGCAAGGACAGCGACAAGGACAGCGCGACGCUGCGGCGCAUCGGCGACUGCCGCAAGAAGGUCAUGGGCCUCUACCGGCUCCUGGGCAACAAGGCCGAUGUCAUCAAGGGCUUCGCCAAGCGCUGCAACGAGCACUGGGAGGUGGCGCCCCGCUCCGACAUCGGCCUGUACCUGGGCGACAUCCAGGAUCACAUCGUCACCAUGACGGGAAACCUGAGCCACUACGAGAAGAUCCUGGCGCGGUCCCACGCCAACUACCUGGCCCAGAUCAACUUGCGCAUGAACGAGCGCCAGGAGGUGACGGCCGACAUCUUGGGCAAGCUGACCAUCCUGGGCACCAUCGUGCUGCCCAUGAACCUGGUCACGGGCCUCUGGGGGAUGAACGUCUGGGUGCCGGGCCAGGAUAUGGAGGGGGACCUGCGCUGGUUCUUCUGGAUCACGACGUGCCUCUUUACGGGCGGGCUGUUGUGCUUCUGGCUCGUCAAGAAGGCCUACGGCCUGUGAAUGACGUGCGCUCGGCGAGCCUAUUAUAAACCUAAUAUGGUACUAUCGACAUUUUCAGCAGGAAUCAUGCACUGUUCUUAACGAUACAGAAAAGUUUGUCUGCGUGUUAUCUUUCCAUCUUGGGAGAGCUGGACAUCGAACCCCCCCUCGACAGCGUUUGUUAUCGAGAUAGGAGGAGAGUGGAUGUGAGAGCGACAGGUGGCGGAAGAGAUGGGCGAGGGAAGGAUUUUAGGCCUGUUGUCUCGUCAGUUUUUCUGAGAUACCGCUUUUUCACUUUUUGCCAACGGGGAAGAAACUAGAGUCCUCGCCUGUGCUUCCUGUUCUCUCAUUACUUGUUCCCUUUCUCUCUUUUUCCCCCCUUCCUCUCUCUAUAUAUCUGGGUCAUAUGUUUACUAGGGCGUGAAAUAGGAUAUACCAAAGAGUCAAAUUUGAGUGCAUAAUUCUUCGA